AUGGCCGCCGCCUCCCCUCCUCCUCUCCUCCUCCGCCUCCUGACCCUAGCCCUGGCUCUCGCCGGUGCCGCCGCGGGCAAGAUCUCGGGCCCCCGCACCCCGAUCUCGCGCGACAUCUACCACCCAGAAAGGUUCAUUGUCUUCCAGAGCUUUGGGCAGCAUGGCAGAGAACUUAUUACCUCUGAAGUUGCAUUACAUCUUCUCUAUAUUUUAACGGAGAAGCCUAAGAUCGCUGGUGUGGAUCUUUCAUCCUUUGAGAAACUGCUGGAGAACCUUGUGAUCAAGGUUGUGCCAAUGGAAAAUAUGAAUGGUCGCAAACUUGUUGAAGAAGGGGAACUUUGUGAUAGGAGAAAUGGAAGAGGAGUUGAUCUUAACAGAAAUUGGAGUGUUGACUGGGGAAUGAAAGAAAAGGACUAUGACCCAUAUGAGGAGAAUCCUGGUAUUGCUCCUUUUAGCGAACCUGAGGCCCAGAUCAUGAGGGAACUAUCCAGGUCGUUUAAACCUCAUAUUUGGGUGAACGUGCAUUCUGGAAUGGAGGCCUUAUUUAUGCCAUAUGAUCACAAGAAUACCACACCAAAUGGAGCGUCUGCACAGUUGAUGCGGUCAGUCCUAGAGAAUUUGAACCGUCGCCAUUUCCAAGAUAGCUGCCUAGUUGGGUCAGGUGGUGGAUCUGUUGGAUAUCUUGCACAUGGUACGACAACUGAUUACAUGUAUGACAUUGCAAAGGUGCCAAUGCCAUUCACCUUUGAGAUAUAUGGAGAUGAGAAAGCAUCUACUGACGACUGCUUCAAAAUGUUCAAUCCUGUUGACAAGAAAACAUUUGACAGAGUCAUUAACAAGUGGUGCAUGGCAUUUCUCAUUCUUUUUGAGGAAGGCCUGCGAAACCUACGGGAUGCCCAGAUAGUAUCACAAGGCACACUGGAAAACUGGGUUCCAAUUGGAGGAGGCAUUGUCGAGAGAAAUGUGGAGCGGAAGAGUAGCCGUGACGGGAGGAAACUGGAAGGCCUCGACCUUGGAAUGCAGGAGCUAAGGACUUACUUCCGGCUAUUUUUGCUGUCAACAUUCUUGUUGAUGUUCAUGUUCUGCACACGGAUAUCAAAGAGCAGAAACAGACAGUCAGGUAGCUUGUUUGAUCCUUGA